AUGGGUUUUUAAGUAACAACAAACAAUUAGAACAUUAGUAAUCUAUGUGGCGUUUUGGAACGACGUAACAUGGAUCUGUUAGAAAAUCCUGAAAUAAAAAGUACGUAUGAUAAGUGUAAAUACGUUGUCAAACUAUGGGAGCACAAUUUUACGAAGACACACGGCCGUUUACCCUCGAAGUUAGAUAUUCGUGAAGCAGAUAGAAAAGUUAGAGCAGCGUAUCGCCAGUACUAUCAACUAAAAACAGCAGCUUUAGAACAGAGCUUUAAAGGUGUCGAUGGUUUUAAUUCAGACGACGAAAAUAACGAAAAAGUACCCGAAAACAGCCCCGCAAUUGAAACCAACGACACAGUUCACGUAGAAACUGUAGAGGAACCGGCCAGUGAAGUGUGGGGUUCACAUUUAGACAACAAGCCUGAAAAAAGAGCAGACGAUGACAAACCAAAUUUCAACACAACUCUAUCAAAAAAGUUAUUUUGUGGCUCAAAAUUAUCAAAACGGUAUUCACGAAAGUCAUCGUCGUUUUCACAGAAGAAAAAUGAGUCAUCAAGUUUUGAUAAUUCGGUUUUGUCUCAACCAACUCAGUCUUUUACAGAAAGUAGUUCUGCAGAAAAGGAUCGCGUAUCUUUUGAAGGAAUAUUUAAUAAAAGUAAUGUGAAAAUAGUGGCUCCUUCUGAGAAAGUUACUUCACAGUCAACAAACAUAGUACAAAGUGUUUUAGAUAAUAAGUACAAACCAUUGAAAUCUGUUGAUUCAGGCUGGCUUGAAAGAGUGGGGAUGACUACUGGUGUUGAAAUUGAAAAAUCCAGUAGUUCAAUGUGUAAUGAAUAUCUUGACGAAACUAUGAUGCAUCUUAAUUAUGACAGUGAUGAUAUUAUUGACAAUUCGGAUGAAGAAAACUCUGUAAAUUUAGGACAUACUGCUAAAAGAGCAAGACUUGACAUAUCCCAAAAAGUAGAUAGUGUUACUGAAAACAUGCAGACCCAAAAUAGCGAAAUUAAUGUUAGUGAAGAAAAGAACAUAAAUUUGAGUGAUGAGAAGAGCAAAAACCAAGACAUUACUAAUAAUAUAAAUGAAUCAAAAGUAGUAGUUGAUGAUCCUUUUGAGUUCAAAGAGGAUGCUGUGUUGGAUAAUAGUGACAUCCCCAAUACCCCAAAGAACAAACUAAAAAAAACUACACCGCGAACUACUAAAAAAAGAAAGACAAACCCAAGAAAAAAAGUGACAGAGGAGCCACCAACUAUUAGAGUUUCUCGUCGAAGUACUAAAACAAAAGUAAACAUGGUUGAGUCCCAUAGUGAAAAUGAAGAUCCAUUCCAUUCAGAUAAUGACUCCAAUGAUCCAGAAUUUUCUCUCAGCAAAGAAAAAACGAAAUAUAGUGAUUUAUUGACUGAAGAAAAUAGAGAAGAUACACUGGUGGACACCUCCAAGAAAAGAAAGCCUAGAGCAAAAAAAGUAGCGCAGUUAAAAGAAAACAAUGAAGAGGAAACUGAGUCCACAUAUGAAUUAGAGUAUUCAAUUAAACCCAGAAUUUCAGCACCACGCUUCAAAAAUAUUAAAAAACUCAUCAAAAUUGAAACAUCAACAAAGAUAAUUAAUAAAGAAGAAACAAAAGAAAAUAAACCCCAGAUUAAAAGUAAACGUGAACAAGAAAAGGAAAAGUUGCAAAAGAAAAUCCAGUCAGGCAGUUUAAAUGAGAAUUUUAUUACAAUUAAUUUGAAGAAGAAGAUUUAUAGCAGAGGCAAGAAAAAUAUGAACUUUAGCAGAUACAAAAAACAGCAGUGGAAAAAUAAGAAGAAGGCACUUGCUGGUCCUGAUAUGGAUAUGGGUGGCUGUGACGGCGGAAUGCUUACUUGUUUCAAUUGUGGAGAUGUUGGACAUUUUGCUAGAAAUUGCCCAAAAACUAAAGGCGACACACUUCUACCUUUAGAAGCAGAUGAAGAAGUUUGUCCAUUUCCUACACUUGAAGAUGCAUCCAAAAUGGCAAAAGAAAGUUCAUUGGCUAUAAGAAAAUCAAACAUGGUCACAACCUCAGAAUCGCAAGAAGACACCCUGGAUGGCUCAGAUGACGAUAUAUUUGACGACGGCGAUACUGAUCUUUUAUUGGCGGAAACUUUAAAACUCGAAGAACAUUUUGCCAAGUUAGAUUUGCAGUCAUACUUGGAUUACGUGACAGUCGUGGAACCAUAUUAUAAAACAAAUGAAGAUGGAAUGGUUAUAGAGACUCCAGAAGAAGUUUUCUCUGCUUUGAAAAAAUUUGGUCAUUCUUCAUUUAGACCAGGGCAAGAACAAGCAGUAAUGAGAAUCUUGUCUGGAAAAUCUACAUUAGUUACCUUAAGUACUGGUUCUGGUAAAAGUUUGUGUUACCAGUUGCCGGCGUAUUUGUAUUCAAGAAGAGAACCUUGCAUUUCUCUCAUUAUUUCCCCACUGGUAUCUCUAAUGGAAGAUCAAGUCACUGGAAUUCCAGCUUUUUUAAAAGCUGCUUGUUUGCAUACUAAUCAGACAAAAGUACAAAGACAGAAGGUUUUAGAAUUAAUAUCAUCAGGACUUUUGAAUGUUUUAUUGGUUUCACCAGAAGCUGUGGUUGCAGGGGAAAAACAAACAGGUUUUGGUUCUUUACUUCGCAAACUUCCCCCCAUCGCAUUUGCGUGCAUCGAUGAAGCCCAUUGUGUCUCCCAGUGGUCCCACAAUUUUCGGCCCAGCUACCUCUUAAUCUGCCGAGUUCUAAGGGAACGAAUGGGGGUGAAAACCGUUUUGGGUCUAACUGCCACAGCAACUAGGUCCACUAGCGAUAGCAUAGUAGAACAUUUACAAAUACCGGAUGGUAGAAAUGGCAUUAUCAGCGAUAUACCUCUCCCCGACAAUUUAAUAUUAACGGUUUCUAAGGAUCAUCAAAGAGAUCAAGCUCUGUUAGCUCUGCUGACAUCAGAGAGAUUCACAAACUGUAAAAGUAUAAUCGUGUACUGCACUCGGCGUGAAGAAUGCAAUCGUGUGACGAAAUUUUUGAGAACCAGUUUGCAAUACGAACAAACUGAUAACAAGAAGAGAAAACGCAUAAGUGUUCAAGCUGAACCAUAUCACGCUGGUUUGUCUGCUAGCAGAAGAAGAACAAUUCAGAAAGCUUUUAUGUCUGGGGAGUUGCGAAUAGUAGUAGCAACGGUGGCUUUUGGAAUGGGUAUAAAUAAAUCUGACAUUCGUGCUGUGAUCCAUUACAACAUGCCAAAGAAUUUUGAAAGUUAUGUUCAGGAAAUCGGACGUGCUGGUAGGGACGGUUUGCCUGCACAUUGCCAUCUUUUCCUAGAUGCAAAAGGUAACGACGAAAACGAGCUGAGACGUCACAUCUACGCAAAUUCUAUAGAUCGUCACGUUAUCAGAAAACUUUUACAGAAAAUUUUUCUGCCAUGUUCAUGCAAGGAAACCUGUCCCAAGCAUGAAGUGGCGUUCUCGAUUGAAGAAACCGUAAGAGCUUUAGACAUACCUGAGGAAAAUAUUUCAACUCUCCUUUGCUAUUUAGAAUUACAUGAAAAGAAGUAUAUUGAGUUACUAAGUCCAGCUUAUACUGUUUGUAAAAUUAUAUCGUAUGGGGGAGCUAAUCAAAUACGGAAAGCUGCAAAGGAGUGUCCUCCGCUUGCGAUGGCUUUAGCUCUUCAGAAGAAUAAAGAAGAAAAAGAGCAGAACGUUGUAGAGUUCGCCGUUGUAGAUAUUGCGGCUGCGAUAGGAUGGGACAGCGGCAUUUGUAAGCACAAACUAAAAAAUCUAGAAUGGACGUCAGUAAACGGUCAACCGAAAAGGUCAAUGUUAAAUGUUUCCUUCUCGAACCUGGGAUUUAGACUUCUGGCUCCUGGAAAUUUGGACGACGAGCAAUUGGACGAAGCAUUGGACAGUUUGUAUGACCACGUGGUAAAACAAGAGAAAACGGCACUUUUGCAAUUACGUGCCGUUCAUCAGACUCUUGUCGAUGUGGCAGCACAGACGUAUAAAUCGUGUUUAUCGCAAGAACCAUCAGAAGGUAACGAUAAAUUAAAAAUAAAAAUUAGGGAAUACUUCGAGUCGCCGAAUCCAUUGGACGCGAUCACCUUAACAGAAAAUAAAAUUAUAGACGAACAACUAAUUAUAAAUAAUAUUCGUGGCCUGAUUAGUACUUAUAGAGACAAUAAUUUUACGGGUAAGGCAGUGGCUAGAAUAUUCCAUGGUGUAAUGAGUCCAAAUUACCCAGCUGUAAUUUGGGGAAGGUGUAAAUAUUGGAGAUGCCAUCUUAACGUUGAUUUUCAUACAAUUUGCAGACUAGCCACUAAAGAAAUAUUAAAUUUUAGAUGAUUUGUAUAUUUUCGUUGAAAGGGUUAAUUUUAUAUGUAAAUAUUGAAUUUUAUUGACAGUAAAUUAUUUUCGAACAGUUUUAAA